GCUUUUUUUAUUCUGUCACGGUGAGGGUCGCAGGAGAAUCUUACAAUCCUGCAAGGGGAUGCCGAAACGCCUUGUUAGAGGGUAAUACUUGACCAACAUCACUAUCGGCGUCCACAGUCACGCUCUGCUGCAAGACUGUUUGACCGAUAAACUCGUUCGUACGAUAGUGUCUCUUUUGCACCAAGUUUUUGCGAUUGUGCUUCGACGACAAUUGGCUGGGGCCAGACAGCUUCGGAAAGCCAUCACCAAAUAAGUUCAUCAUGCAGUUUGCGCUACCGCCCCGCAAAUUCUCUCAUCCCAGUUUCUCUGAGAGCAAGUUCUCUCCCUCGAGCUCUCUUCGACGCCGACGACUGCAGUCCGGUGCAAUCCUAGCUUGUGCCGCAAUCACAGUUCUUUUCCUCCUUACAAGGAUUUACUCCUUUAUCUUCACUGAUCGACCUCCGGCUGGGACUCCGAAAGUGGUGGUAGUGACUGCUUUCGACGCCGUUCAUACUCCGGUUUAUACAGAGAAGAUCAAGGAAAAUCGUCGGGAUUACGCUUCUAGGCAUGGCUACGCUACCUUUUUCCCUAAGGUGACCGAUUAUGACCUAUCAGGACAUCCCAGCAGCUGGGCCAAAGUUCCCGCGAUGCGGCAUGCAAUGACGAAAUUUCCAUACACUACAUACUUCUUCUAUCUCGACCAGAAUGCGCUCAUUAUGAACCCUUCGCUUGCGCUCGACGACCAUAUCAUGUCGCCUAAGCGCCUCGAGAGUCUCAUGUUACGCGAUACGCCCGUCGUUCUCCCCGACAGCGUCAUCAAGACAUUCUCGCAUCUCAAGGGAGAUCGCAUCGAUUUGGUUUUAGCCCAGGACAAUUCUGGUAUCGCGCAAGGCAGCUUCGUCCUCCGGCGUGGAGAAUGGGCAAAGUAUUUCCUCGAUAGCUGGUUUGAUCCACUUUACCGCAACUACAACUUUCAAAAGAAUGAAGGCCAUGCUUUGGAACAUAUUGUGCAAUGGCACGCCACAAUUCUUGCCAAGUUGGCCCUGGUUCCACAACGUUUGCUGAACUCUUAUAAUGCAGAUGCUUCUGGAGCGGGAGCAUACAAACCCGGUGACUUUGUGAUCAAUUUUCCCAACUGCGACAUGGACGGCGGGAAGAGUUGCGAGGAAGAGCUCGAGCCGUACUUUAUCGAAUGGAGGACACAGAAGGCACAGCACAAAUAUACAUGACAGAGCUCUGAUAUGUUCUAUUCUUUAUAUCCGAACCCGGACUCAGUGGGUAUGAAACUAAUUUUUGGGAGGCGUUCCGGGGUGGUUUCUUUCAUUUGUCGAUUUUCUAGCGUUUUUGGGUCGUCGACCUAUUGAACCCUUGCAUUUCGAGGUCUUCGGAAUGGCGCGAUACAAUGUCGCCAUAUACCUCUACUGUAUGUGUGUGUGUGCCAUAGCAUAUGCCAAACCUUUCGUUUCAUUUUCAAAUAUGGAUAUAUUUUCAGACC